AUGGAGGCUGUCAUUGGCACAUCAGACGAGUGCCACGCGAACUGCUCUGGGGCAGCCAAUGGCGAUGGGCGCAAGGUGCAAGGGUCGAAUGGCUGCUGCUGCCACACUGCAGGACUCAGCACCGAGGCUGAGGUCUGCAAUGAAACCAUCCAUGAGAGCGAUGCUGAGGAAUUUUAUUCACACGCAUUCUCGAAGUCUUGCCUGUUGGCUGGAAUCCCGCUGGAAUCUCCACUGCCGGCCCGCGCGUUCGGCGGUAAUGCACUGGAUCUUCGAUCCCAGGGCGCUUACUGUCCAAUAUACAGCCUCGAUGUUCAGCCUCGUAUCAGCCAUCCUCUGCGGCUUCCACUGGCCAUGAUGUUUGCGUCUGCGUCUACAAUAUACGGGUUAACCCUGUCUGCAACGCUCUAUGCCUCAGCAGUGGACGCAUUGGCUUUCAGACGAUACGAUGGUAUCCAUCGCACGGCCAAGUCGCCCCAGAUUACACAGCCCGCCAUGCUAUUGCAGCGGAAAGAUGAUGUCUGCGGCGUUGGCAUGAAACUGUGCCCGGCAAACUUGGGUGGAAACUGUUGCCCAGAAAACUAUACUUGCGCAACAGAUAGCUGCUACUCGAAAACGACUACCACGAGCACCUCAUCUGUACCAUCGCACACAUACUCAUGCCCAACCAGCCAGUACCUCUGCCCAUCAUCUGUCGGCUAUGGGUGUUGCCCCAAUGGGAUGGGCUGUGGUGUUAGUCGAUGCCACUCUACUCAGCCAAUCACCACGACAGUGACGACGGCCAUUACGACUACAGCAAGCGGCACAAUAACCACAAUCACGACAACUACGACCAUCGUCAGGAGCUCAAGUGUCCCGACCAGCCUGGGCUCGUUGGAUGAUCGGACCAACGAUGGCGAUGGCACCCAAACAACCGGUUCGUCCGCCACUACUGUCCCAAAGUAUACGCCACCAGCGGAGACAGACGGAAGUAAUGGCCAAGAAAAUAGCAGUCUCUCCACCACACAGCUAGGGGGCAUCGUCGGAGGAGCUGUUGCACUUCUUGCGGUGGUGGUCGCAGCGGCUGCUGUUUUGAUUCGUCAUAUUGAUAGGUUAGCUAGCCAGAUGUCGCGAAAAUCCAAUUCAUCCAAAAGGAGCUCGGCAACAAAGCAGACGAGUGUGUCGGAUUCUGAAAGCGGGACUUCCCGAACAGAUUCUACUCACGAGUCAUUACGGCGUUCACGAGCUCGUCGAAUGCCUCGAUCCAGAUCCACAAUCCGCCGUAAUCGCCAACGGCGCAACGGCCUGAUCGCAACGAGGUCCGGCAACUUUGUGACUGAAACAACGUUGGGGAGGCAAGAUUCUGCAGACAUUGCCCUCGAAGUUUUGACUCGACCAGUCACCUGCGGCGGUGCGGUGGCAUCAGAUACGAGGCACGGCUAUGUCGUAUCACCCGCGCCCAUCAACGAUAUGUCGCCAAGGCUACUCAGUUCUCCAUCGCCUUUUAGCGAUACGGAACUCGAAGCAAGCUCGCCUGCACAAGAACUCGCCGGGACAUCGACGGCGUCUAGUCUAGCAGCAGAUCUUCUCAUACACUACCCGCAAGACAUUCCGCCGAGCGACCUCCCCAUGGUAGCCAUGAGGCCACCGCUUGCGUACCAAUGGAUGAGGAGCAUAGGGCUGCUCAGGCAGUCAGAGAACACUUCUCCUGACGAGUACUGCAUCGACGAUGAGGAGUGGCACGGAUUUUACGGAUCCCGAGACCAUAUGGCGGGUCGAACGGGACUUGGCAUCAGCUAUACAGCAAUUCGGGGAGGCGGACACCGACAGUAUAGAUAA